GCGAGGCGAUAACCUCGAGUGGCUCGUAAAUAAUAGCAGGUGAGAACACAAAUAACUCACAUUCGCAAUCAGUCAGUCCGACACCUACGACAUGAACUGGGCUACCAUAAUAGUUGCAAUUAUCCUGCUGCUGCCAGCCAGCCAGCAAAGAUCCGAAAGUUUGGAGCUCAAGGUGCUGUCGUACAAUCCCACAUAAGAUUUCUGGUUUUUCGUGCCAACUGGCAGACCCAAGGUGGUUACUCAGAAUGUACAGAAUGCAUAUUGGGCUGCUCGGACACAAGGAGGUGUUUGCUUCACAGAUCUGUGGUUCUACUGUGCAACUGGCAUCCAAAUAAAGGAGUAAAUAUCUUAGCAACAAGUGAACGCAAACCAUGUCUAUUUGAAUAUUUGUUGCACCCAAACGUUCAUUAAAACAAGAAAAUAAAUAAUCUGCGUAACGUUUACACAAAAACCUUAA